AUGCAGGACCUGGAGCAGCUGGCCGCGGAGCUCCGGGCGGAGAUCGUGCACACGGUGUCCAAGACCGGCGGCCACCUGAGCUCGAGCCUGGGGGUGGUGGAGCUAUCGGUGGCGCUGCACCACGUGUUCGACACGCCGGAGGACAAGAUCAUCUGGGACGUCGGCCACCAGUCCUACCCACACAAGAUCCUCACGGGGCGCCGGUCGCGGAUGCACACCAUCCGGAAGACCUCCGGCCUCGUCGGGUUCCCCAAGCGCGACGAGAGCGCGCACGACGUGUUCGGCGCCGGGCACAGCUCCACCAGCAUCUCCGUGGCGCUCGGGAUGGCCGUCGCGCGGCGGAUUGGAAGCUUGUGGUGGUGUUGGUCGACAUCCUCCACCAUGGAUCUUGCAGGUGGGACGUCGGGGAGCACACUCCCUCCUUCCUCUGUCCACUACAUGCCCACCAUAUGGACGGUGGCGGUGCCGGGUCACGGGCAGCCGGAUCUGAGGCGGGGUAGGAGCAGGUCCAUGCCUCGAUUCGGCGGUGGCUCGUCUGUCACGCCCUAG